AUGGCUACCGUCAACAUUCGUCGCGAUGUCGCCGAUCCCUUCUACCGUUACAAGAUGGAGCGUUUGCAGUCCAAGAUUGAAGGAAAGGGCAACGGAAUUAAGACCGUCAUCGUCAAUCUGAACUCGGUCGCUCAGUCCCUCAGCCGUCCUCCCGCCUACUUGAUUAAAUAUUUCGGCUUCGAACUCGGUGCUCAGGCCAACGCCAAGCCCACUGACGAGCGUUGGAUCGUCAACGGUGCCCAUGACGCCGCUAAGCUCCAGGAUUACCUCGAUGGAUUCAUUUCCAAGUUUGUGCUUUGCAAGAAGUGCAAGAAUCCCGAGACUGACGUUAUUAUUGGCGACGAGAAAAUUACUCUGGACUGCAAGGCCUGUGGUCAGCGCUGUGACGUCGACCCCCGCCUGAAGCUGAGCACCUUCAUCGUUCGCAACAACCCCAAGGGCGGAAAAAACAAGAAGGACAAGAAGGCCCGCCGCGAAGCCAAGAACGCUAAGGCCAACGGAGACAACGAGGCCAGCCCCGGCGAUAGCAAUGUGUCUGAGAACGGUGAAAACGGUGAUGAGGAUGAUGCGCCCGAUGCCGGCAGCGACGAUGAAUUGACUCGCCGCAUUAAGGCCGAAGCCAAGGCUAUUGCUGUUGAAAAGGAGAUCAAGGAUGAUGAAUGGGCUGUGGACGUUUCCGAGGAGGCCGUGAAGGCUCGUGCCAAGGAUCUCCCCACCGACCUCCAGCGUUCUCUCGUUCUGGAGGAUGCCGAGGAGGACGGCGCCCAGCCUCUCGAGCAGCUCGGGAGCUGGAUUGUGGACACCGCUUCCAAGAAGGGCGGUGUGACGAACGUCACCGACGUUGAAAUCUACAAGAAGGCCAAGGAACUCGGUAUUGAGGGCAAGUCUAAGACUGUUGCAGUUCUCGCUCAGAGCAUCUUCGACGAGAAAAUUGUCAAGCAGAUCGAGGACCGUGCCCCUCUGCUCAAGAAGAUGAUUUCCUCUGACCGCCACGAGAAGGCAUUCCUUGGUGGUUUCGAGCGUUUCGUCGGCCAGGACCACCCGGCCCUCAUCACCCAGGUCCCUGCCAUUCUGCUGGCUUACUACCAGAAUGAGGUUCUGUCUGAGGAGGCCCUCAAGACAUGGGGUGCUAAGGCCAGCAAGCGUUAUGUUGACAUCUCCAUCAGCAAGAAGGUCCACAAGGCCGCUCAGCCCUUCCUGGAGUGGCUUGAGAAUGCGGAGAGCGAGGACGAGUCUGAGGAGGAAAGCGACUAG